AUGGCUCGUGCACAGAAGAAGUUGUCAUUUGCUGUAGGAGCUGGAACCGUUCGCGUCUACAUUGACCUUGGGACAUUCCUGUUACGGUCGCUUGCUCGCCUGACGGACCUUGAGACAAGGUGUACCCUAAAGGCUCUGAUGUCCGAGGCCGAUGGCACGUACCGGACCUGGGCUCGCGAGGAGCUAACUGCAAGCAGCAGCAACACCAGCACUGAUGGGCUCUUGCAGGAUGAUGCGUUUUUUGCGCUUUCUGUGCUGGCUGGAGGAUUGCUCGGCGAACAAGGAAACGGCAGCGCUGGAUGGUCUCUCGGCCUCGCAAGACGUCUCAGGUGA